AUGCCAAAAGUCAAUAGUAACAAUUCUUCUCGUGUUAAACGUCGUCAAUCAAUUUGUACAAGUACUCCUUCAUUUCGACCUUCACCUGAUGAUAAAACAACCGCUGAAAUCUUGGCAGGUCUUACUGCCGAACAUAUUCCUUUACCUGAUACUCAUUUCAUCAAGAGAGUUUUGGAAAAUUCACGCAGAGCUAAAUCAAAGAAAAAUGAUCCUCCAAGACCUCCAAAUGCAUUCUUUCUCUUUCGUAACGCACUUCAUAUUCAUUUAUCAACUCAUAACUUAAAAGUACCUCAAGUUUCAAUGGCUGCUGGAAAAUUGUGGGAUAAUGCCACAGAGAAAACAAAGAGUCAAUAUACAAGAUUGCAAGAAAUUGCCAAAGUUUUACAUCUGGAAAUGCAUCCUG